AUGGUCCUUUCAAGAAGGUCCUUCGCUAGUACGAUACUAGCCACCAGUUCUUUUCUCUCAGCUGACGCGCUGUACCAGAAGGGCUCUCCGGUCCAGCUACUGGAUGCCGCUGCGUUUAAGAAGAAGGUUAUCGGUAGCGAGGCACCAUUCAUGGUGGAAUUCUUUGCCAGCUGGUGCGGACACUGCAAGCAGCUAGCACCGGAGUACGAAAAGGCAGCAAAGGCCACGAAAGGUAUCAUGUGUUUAUUUUGUCAUGCGCGACGAGGCUGACGCUACGGCUUCAACUUCGUUCUAUUUCAUUGCAAUGCUGCGUCGCACCACAAAAAUUCUGCCGUUCGUAGUAAAUACUUUUACGAGACUCGCAUGACAAACUUCUCCUACCGAAGGUGUAAUCGGCUUCGUCGCGGUCGAAGAUCAGGCCGCGAUGCAGGAGUAUGGUGUCUAUCAAAUGCAAAUAUGUCUGACAUGACUCAAGAAUCUGUGAUGCAUAGGCAUCAAACGGAAUUCUUACCUGUCAUGCGAAAACGCAGCUUGCCAUGCGGAACACGCAACACAUAGGGGCCCAAAAAUUUGUCAUGCGUGGCUCCGUAUUGCAACGGAACUCCCAUUCACUUUUAGCAUUACGAGUUUCCAGACCCAGACAUAUUUGCAAAGCAUAGUGUCCAGGGUUUCCCAACCAUCAAAUGGUUCGGGGCGAACAAGUCGAAGCCAGAGGACUACAGGUCAGGCCGGGACGCGAAAUCCAUGGUCGAGUUCGCCAUGAAGAAGGUCAACGACAUGGUCUCUAGCAAAAUAUCAAGUGCAAAAAUGUCUGGGUCUGGAAGAUGGUGAGACUUGUCUUGCAAGUCUUGCAUGUGCCAUGAUGUCUGUGAUGCAUGCUCUAGCCUCAGAGAUCUUUUGAGGGCUUCUCGAUGCCUAUUCUGCAUGACAAGUGCCCUUUUCCCGUAGCAAAAAUUGCGCUCCCUUUGCAGCUCAUGCAAUCCAAAUUUUUUUGGAGUCCAAACGCAGCAUCAGAAGUUGCAUUCUUCCAGACCCAGACAUUUUUGCAUUUGAUACAAAAUCGGCGGCGGCAACUUCGGCGGAAGUUCAUCUGGUGGAUCCGGCGGUGGGUCCGGUGGGUCUGGCGGGUCGGGAGGCGGCGAUACGGUCGUGCUCACCGAUAGCAACUUCGACGAUUUGGUGAUGAAGGACAGCAAAAACGUCUGGUUUGUCAAAUUCUACGCGCCCUGGUGCGGACACUGCAAGGUAUGGUAGUUGUUUUCGUGCUUGAAGAUAAAGGCCUGCGCCUGAACGAACUUAUCACCAUAGAUUGAUAGAACUAGAAAGCGCUAGACAGCUGCACCACUUUUCUUUAGAUGCAUGAUUAAGUAGGGUUUCGGUGCAUGAUUUUUUAUUUUACAACGAAAAAGAGUUCCACUUGUGAUGCAAUGCAAAUGCAAAUGGCGCACGAAAUAUAUUCAGAAUCGAAAUCACAUUUGUAACGCCGUACUCAAAUUUUAUCAGGCCAUGGCGGGAGACUGGGACAAGACGGCUACUGCUAUGAAGGGCAAAGUCAAGGUCGCCAAGAUGGACGCCACGACAGAGACGGGUGUGCCAGGAAGGUUUGGCGUGCGAGGAUUCCCAACAAUCAAGCUGUUUCCAGCUGGUAUUUACAUUUUUUUGUCGUGCGUUUUUGCAUGACUGAAUUUGGAGGUUCGAGUUCGCAUGUUGCAACAUGAUGUGUCGCAUGUUGUUCGAAAACAAUACACCAACAGGUCCCAAAUCCGAUAGCAGCGCCGUUGACUACAACGAGGGGAGAGACGCGGGUUCCCUGCAAAAGUUCGCCGAGAAGUAUUUCAUGAUGACCGUGGAGGCCGAACAGCUGUUGUCCCAGGAAAUGUUCGACGAGAAGUGCAGCGGGGGACAAUUGUGCCUGAUCGCCUUCCUCCCACACAUUAUGGAAUCCAGUGCUAAGGAGAGGAAAAAGUACGAAAAUAAUGCCGGAACUUUUUUGCACUUAUGACCCUCUGAAGCUGCAGUUCUGGUUGCUUUAAUAUUCCCGCAUCCUAGCAGUUCGAACUUAAUAUCGUGAUCAUCAACUCCUUCACUUUACAACUUUUUGACGAAAUAACCUUUAUCAGGUACCUCGAGCUUUACAACACCGCUGCCCGGUCUGCCGGCGGUGUCCCCGCCAGCUUCUACUGGUCGCAAGGAGGCGACCAGUACGAAUUGGAGGAGAAAUUGAACCUCGGCUUCGGGUUUCCCGCACUGGUGGCGAUCUCCAGGAAGAAGAACAUUUUCGUCACCCACCGCGGGUCCUUCACCGAGUCCGCGGUUAGGACGUUCAUCACUGGGUUGUCAGCGCCGAAGCACUUGAACGAUUUGCCCAAGGAUUUGCCGAAGUUGGUGAAACAGAAGGCCUGGGAUGGAAAGGACGCGCCGAAAGAGGAUGAGGAACUGUAAAUGAAAUUCGUUUAGCCUAAAAUGAAAAAGAAUAGCGCGGUAGCAAAAGGAGAGCAAAUAAUAUUAUCGAGGCUUUAUUUAAAACGUACUUACGACAGCUUCAAAACUUCAACGUCAACCAAAAAUAUUCGUAUAGUUUUCAACAAUCAAAUUCACAAGUGUAAGUUCAAGCGCUGUUCUUGACGCGAUAGCUUUCCUUUUACCACGAGUUUUUCGAGAUUUGGUUUGUAGAAGAGGGCACGAGCAUUAGCACCUGAGUCUCUUUUUCCUAAAUGUAUCAGUUUGAGUUGUUCCUCCAACAGUAGAGGGAUUUGUUUACUGUUCAGUUAUUUUACAUUCUGCUUUGGUAGAAGCAGAAGGCACGAGUAAUUUCGAUUGACGUAUAAUUUCGAUUUUGCUUUAGCUUUACAACAGGCGACUGUUCGCUCUAGUAUGAUGUAUCCAGUACGAAUUAUUCACCUCUGUGACAACAACGACAGUGCCCGAUAUUUGUUCUCCACGCAUAGAUUCCCCUAUCACGUCGCCGAGAAACCUUUUUCGAAUUUGUUUUUGGAAAUGCCCCGAGCGAAGAUGAAACGACAAAAGAAGCGAUGGUCAUCUGGCGACGCCAGCUGCCCACAAGUAAGGGCAAGGCAAUGCGCGAGGCGGUGUGUAGAGC